UCACACACGUUGCCUACACACACUGUUCCGUGCUGGCGAGCAGAGGAGAUAGGAGAACCGGGCGUCCUCCAUAUCCACUCUUGUCCUAAACACACAAUGCGCGCGUCUUGUAGGAUUACCGCCGGAGAUCUGACACACACUCUUUGAAAAAGACAUACAAAUACAAACUCACCAGAGGGAGACGAACCAGCUGAGAUUUGUUUUCAAACUGCGUGACAGGUCCGCUGAACGCGCAAGAAGACGCACACGGUUCCAGGAUUUGGACUGCUUCACGCAUCUCUUUCCCUGUCUGGAGUCGGUUUUUAUUAUAGUGUGUUGGGAACUCCGUUCAAUCAUGGAUACCUACAGCUCCUUCACCGCUCUGCUUUUACUUCUGGCUUCGUUAAAUAGUGUGUCAACCGUGCAGUUCCCGUCGCCACUUCUGAUAAAGGAAUGGGUGGAGCAGAUGCAGCAGGAGCUGGUCACACUGACGGACACAGCCAGCGGAGUGCAGAACCUCAUACAGAUCUUCCAGAGCCACAGGAAAUACUUCAGUGUGGGGUCCAACGAUGCCAGCCAGCUGGUGGCUAACGCAGCGGGUAACAUCGAGAAGCUCCUGGCCAACCGUUCUCGUGCUCUCAAGACACUGGCAUCCGCUGCAGAGGAUUUUCAGAUGCGGCAUCGGUGGAAGAACGAUCCUGAGCCGGAUGACAUUCAUUACUACUAUGCCAAAGAAAACCUGGACUCAAAUGAUACAGAGGUCAAGAAGCCAAACCGGCUUUAUCCAGAGUUUAAGGAAGACGAGCAAUUUAGACGACUCAUCUCCUACAACACCACGGCAGUCCACAUACCCACAGACAUAUACGAGGGCUCCACCAUUGUGCUGAAUGAGCUGAACUGGACAGACGCAUUAGAGGACGUGUUUAGGAAGAACAAGGAAGAGGAUCCUACUCUCCUGUGGCAGGUGUUCGGCAGCGCCACCGGAUUGGCUCGCUACUUCCCAGCAUCCCCUUGGAUGGACUCGCGAAAAACGCCCAAUAAGAUUGACCUCUACGACGUCCGGCGGCGACCGUGGUACAUCCAGGGGGCGGCGUCACCUAAGGACAUGCUGAUCCUAGUGGAUGCGAGUGGCAGUGUCUCUGGCCUCACCCUCAAGCUAAUCCACACCUCUGUCAACGAGAUGCUGGAGACCCUGUCGGACGAUGACUACGUCAAUGUGGUCUAUUUCAAUGAUAAAGCGGUGAAGGCGGCGUGCUUUCAGAACCUGGUCCAGGCCAACGUGAGGAACAAGAGGUUCCUGAAGGAUGCUGUGCGGAACAUCUCAGCCAAGGGCAUCACCAACUACAAGGGCGGCUUUGAGUUGGCCUUCGAGCAGCUCUCAUCGUUGAACGUGACCCAGGGCAGGGCGUUGUGUAACAAGAUCAUCAUGCUGUUCACUGACGGAGGAGAGGAGCGGGCCCAGGAGAUCUUCCAGAAGUAUAACGCUGACAAGAAGGUGCGGAUAUUCACAUUCUCAGUGGGCCAACACAACUAUGACAAAGGACCAAUCCAGUGGAUGGCCUGCACCAACAAAGGGUACUACUAUGAAAUCCCCUCCAUCGGUGCUAUCAGGAUCAACACUCAGGAGUACCUGGAUGUACUGGGCAGACCCAUGGUCAAAGCAAACAACAAGGCCAAGCAGGUUCAGUGGACCAACGUUUACCAGGACGCUCUGGAACUAGGUCUGGUGAUCACAGGAACACUGCCCGUUUUCAACAAGACCAACACCAAAGCUGACAAAGAGAGGGGACAACAGAGGCCCCAAAACCAGCUGAUCCUGGGAGUGAUGGCUAUCGACGUGUCUCUGGACGACAUCAAAAGACUAACGCCGAGAUUUACAUUUGGACCAAAUGGCUAUUACUUUGCCAUUGACCCCAACGGUUACGUCUUGCUGCAUCCCAACCUCUGCCCAAAGAACCCUAAGUUCCAGGAGCCUGUUACUCUGGACUUCCUGGACGCUGAGCUGGAGGAUGAGAUUAAAGUAGAGAUAAGAACGAACAUGAUUAAUGGAGAAACUGGCUACCGCACCGUACACACACUAGUGAAGUCCCAGGAUGAGCGGUACAUAGACCGAAGCCAAAGAUCGUACACAUAUGCCCCUGUAAAGGGUACAGAUUACAGUCUAGCCUUGGUCCUUCCAGCGUACAGCCUGCAUUAUAUCCAUACUACUAUUGGAGACACCAUCACCCAGGCCAAAUUGGAAUUGGGGGAUGAGGUCUCUGAAAGCCUGCAGGAAGACAAGUUUGAGGAGUAUGGAUACACUCUCAUUGCACCAAGGGAGUACUGUAAGGAUCUGAAGCCGUCUAAAAACAACACAGAGUUCCUGAUGGACUUCAACGAGUACAUCGACAGGAAGACUCCCAACAAUCCACUGUGCAAUGUGGAUCUGGUGAACAGAUUGUUGCUGGACGCUGGGAUCACGUCAGACCUCGUCAAGCAGUGGAGAGAUCAUAUGCCAAAUGGAGUCCUGGCCAGAUUUGUGGCCACUGAUGGAGGAAUCACUCGCAUUUAUCCCAAAAGUGCUGGACUAGACUGGACAGAGGACCCAGAGACGUACGAGUCAAGCUUCUAUAAGAGGAGUCUGGACAAUGACAUCUACAUCUUCACACCCACACCCUACCAGGAGGACACCAACAUGACUGAGGACUCAGUCCUGGUGAGCAGAGCAGUGAAUCUGGACAUUGAUGGAGUCAGACUCAAACCAGCAGUUGUGGGAGUGAAACUGGACAUCAAUACCUGGAUGACCAACUUCAUCAAUGCUACUCUGAAGAUGAACUGUAAGGACGAGAUCUGUGGUUGUCAGAGGAAUGAUGAGCAUGUGGACUGUGUCAUCCUGGAUGAUGGGGGAUUCCUGGUCAUGGCCAAUCGGGAUGAAUACAUCAGUCAGAUCGGCCAGUUCUUCGGGAUGAUCGACCCUAUCCUCAUGGUCAACCUGGUCAACAUGUCUCUGUUCACGCUCAACAAGACGUACGACUACCAGUCGGUCUGCGACCCCAAGAGGGAGAGCAAGGGGUCCGCGGCGGGCCUGCGCUCAGUCUACGUGCCCACCAUAGCAGACAUUUUGAACGUUGGAUGGUUAGCAUCAGCAGCAGCCUGGUCGAUACUACAACAGUUGUUGGUUAGCAUAACGUUCCCUAGUUUCCUGCACGCAGCGGACACCGAUGACGAUAUACCUGACAUGUCCAAGGAGAGCUGUAUCACGGAGCAGACUCAAUACUUCUAUGACAACGACGAAAAGUCCUUCAGAGGAACGCUAGACUGUGAAAACUGCUCCAGGAUGUUCCAUGCUGAGAAGCUGUGGAAGACCAACCUGGUGUUCGUCAUCGCCGACGCCAAGCUCACCUGCAUGUCAUGUGACCCCAAGCCCUUAAUACAGGCCGAGCAGCCUUCUGAGGGACCAGACCCAUGUGAAAUGGCUGAGAAACCCAGGUUCCGGAAAGGUCCAGAUGCCUGUUUCGACAACAACGAGAGGGAGGAGGACUUUGACUGUGGUGGGGCGUCCGCUCUGAGCCCUUCCCUGCUGGCCAUGGUGGCGCUGCAGCUGGCCCUGCUCUGGCUCCUGGCCAGCUCGACGCACCACGCUGUCCCCUCGUGACCUCUGAAGACCCCGGUUGCCCCCCUGGCAACCAGCAUGCAACGCCGCCUCAAAACGCUGAACUGAAUCCGAAACCACAUCCUGACAGAUUUUCUUUUGUGAUAUUUGCGUUUUUCAAGGGUUUCGUUACAUUUCUUCACCCGGGGGUGGGAGAAAGUGAGGAAAGCUAACGUCGGCGGGACGUUAAAAAAAUGAUUCUAAGCGAGAACUUUCAUCCCUGACCCCUGACUUUUCCCCUCCAGCCAUCUGAGCUUAGGGGAAUCGAGUUGAUUAAGUGGUGAACUUUGACCUUUGUUUGGCUCGACGAUGACAACCCUGCGAAUGCUACAGGUUGGACUGCCUUACAGUGCCAGGUGGAAAGUGGAAGGACUGCCUCUUCUUUUUGGGUUCCUUUUAGGUUCAGUUUGGCUUUUUGUGAUGUGCCCUUCUAAAAGAGAACCCCAUAGAUUUAUAUUCAACACUGCCAGAAACAGUGCUGCCCUUCGCAACCGUCCCAAUUAUUUAUUUAUUUAAACGCGUUUUGCAGUGGAUUGUUACUCAGUAUUGAAAUGUUUGUUUGUUUUGUUCAAGUUGCAGUAAGAGACACACAAAUGUUCAAUAGGAAGUCAGAAAUCAGACCGUUUUUUAUUUUACAUUGGGGUGCUGUUGGCAUUAUUCUGUUUGUUUCAACCCCCAUUUAAAAGUAGCAACACAUUUACACUCACACUGCUGUCCUCUUGUAUAGAUGUGGUGUACGACGAUCAUAUUCAUUCACAGACAUGUGGUCACAUGUUUACCUCCACUUUUACCUCCACUUACUAACCCCAGUUUGAAAUUAUAGAUCCCUAUCUGUUUGCGGUCAACCACUUCUCCCUCAAGCCUGACCACAUAUGGUCAAUGUCAGUAUCUGGUCCCUCUGAACUAACCAUCAUUGCCAAAGUGCCCUCUAGUGCGCUCAUUGGUCUAAUCUCUAGUGCCAUGUUGAUUCUUAGUCAGACAACCCCUUUAGCUCUAUUUAUUUGACUGUGUGGCUACUGACCUGAAGAAAACUUGAUGUGUUUGGUAUUUAUUUGAAUAUUUAAGUUUGUUUUAGUUUUUUGUUAGGAUGAAGAGUAUAGCUGCAUGCUACUGUGUUAUGUUGGCUUUAUUGCCAUUAUUUUUUGAUUGAUUUCAAUGCAAUGGAUAUAAAAUUAAGAGAAACAAUCGGAGGGAUGUAGGAAAUGUAGACUUUGGUACAUGACAGUAUACUUGUGCUUGCCAAUGUGUCACUUCUUGAUUUCAGUAUCGUUGAAUACGUGACUUGCAACUAGAAUCUGUCUUUCACAAUGUUUUGCCCGCUAUUGAAGAUAACUAUUCCCCAAAUCAAAAACAAUUGCACCUUGUUGCAAAGUGAAUUUCCCCCUUAAAAUGGAAAUCGCUUCAAGACCUAGUGAGAAUUUGUAUCAAUACAAUCCAAUCUAAAUUCAUUCAUAUCAGUGGGGAUAUCAGUCCUGUUGUUUUUUCUUAGUUUUUGUGUGCAUUGUGGUUCUAGUACUUUAAUAACUUUACGAAUUAGAGAUUUUGACACGUAGUUAAGAUCUGUUGUGUCUCAUCAUCAAGACAGAUUGACAUACUGUCUUUCUGAGUGUACUAUACUAUGUUAUACACCUGCUAACUCAUUCCUCCACAAGAACAGCUGCCAAAAUACUUAAGAAAUAACAGAAAUGUGCCUCAUUUUAUUCAGGACCAAAUCUGGACCCAUCAAUCAUCCUCGCCAAAUUAUUAUGCUGUGGAAUAACUUUGAGUGAAAGGAACGUAAGGUUACGUUUUUUUAUUCAACAUUUUAGAAAACAGGUUUUAUUAUCAUGUCAGAAUAUCAACAAUUCCUCUCUAAAUUGAUUGUAUUUGUCGUAUUUAUGAACAUGGUUCAAAAGAGGGACAUGGUAGAUAUGCUGUGCUUUAAAAAAUAAAUACGUUUUUUGGGGGGAGAUGAAAUUCAGCUAGUUCGACUGGGGUGUGAUCAGAUAUAGUCGUUUAAUGUUACUGAUCUGUUAUAGAGCAAAUAUGGGGGAGUUCCUGGCACUGAAUUUACCUCUUAAAAGCUAACAAAGAUCAUUUCAGACAAUGAUUCAGAUAACAAUCGACAAUCAUAGUUUCCGAAAACUCACUUAAGACUAAUACUAGUAAUACGUAAUUGAAUGAAUUGCUGUAAAGGAAGAUGCAAACUGCCACCAAAACAGUGACUUUAAAGGAGCCCUGGGGUAAUGUCAGAAACAUUCACGCAUCGUUUCCAUUGAAAACAGAGGCAUAUGGACUCAGGAAAUCACACAGUUAAUUCAAUGUAGAAUUAGGAAACCACAUGAUUACGCUGUGUGGUCUCUAGUGCCAUUGUAAUACUUCUCUCCCUCCCUCCCCCCUCAUUAUCAUUGCGUAAGUUAUCAUUACAAAAGCGUUCUUACGUCACCCAGAAUAAAAUCCAUCUGGGCUUUUUCCAUUUCUCUGAAACACAGAAGGGGAAGGGGACUUGUGUUAUGAUCCCAGUCUUAAGCUAGGAUUAUUUGCCCAUAUGUUAUGAGGUGAAACUAGAGCACCAUCACCAACGGCAGACUUCUGUCAUGUCCGAAACUAUACGAGUGGUCUGAGGUGCCGUUUAGGGUCCCGUAUUGGUUGUUUCAAUGUUCUGUGGUGAAACUAACUUAACAUACUGGUAUUUAAGAUCCUCAAUAUCAACGAACACUCAAGAAUAUCAAGUGCCAUAGGACUGUCUUUCUCUGUUUACAGGGAAACCUAUUACUAACGUUUAUGCAAUGUUUAAGAUUGAAUAAAUGCAAAUCUCCUAUCUAUUUUCCCUGUGCUGCAUGAUAAUGCCAUGAUAUCAGUGGUAGGCAAUGAGAUAAAUUAUCCUCUGUGUGUUCCUGCUUUAUUGUGUAACGUUGGGAUGGGAAGCAUUAUACUUGUCGGGUGUUUGUUCAUGAUAUGAUAACGAUACAGCUUCUACUGCCUUUUUCUUGAGGAGACAGCAUUUGGUACCACCCUGGUCUGAGUGAGCUCAGUAGAGGAACCCCUGUUGGCUGGUGUGGUGUUUAAUAUGCAGUGCACACUCGUUUGAUUGGUUAAAGCCAUGUGUCAAUCGGUCAUCUUCUUUGAGCCAAUUGGAUGUUACACUAGCUGGGCAUCGUGUUGUCACUGGUUCGAAUACCCGAGCCGACAGGGUGAAAAAUCUGUCAAUUUGCCCUUGAGCAAGGCACCUAACCCAAUUU